AUGUCGCGCGUCGCCAGGCAGCUCAAGUUUCUAAACAAAAUCAGCUCGUCAACGUUGGAGCCCCAGGUUGUGCUGAAUUCACAGAAGUACGCGGGCCUCAACCUGACCUUCCAGUACCAGAACCACAACGGCCAUAUGGGUGCCCGCAAGUUCUGGCAUGAAUACAUGCCCACGCUGCAGUUCUACAACCCAGGGCUGCAGUUCCAGGUGACCAGGGUGAAAAACGAGGACAAGAACAAUGCAGGCGUGCCAUGCGUUCUACAGACUAUCGGAAAGGACGGGAGCGUUCUGGAAACGCUGGAUAUGCGGGACAAGCAACACUCAGAAAUCAUGCAGGAGUUUCUAGAAAAGGCAGACUACGAGAAGGUGCCCGAGUCCGAUAUAGUCAGAGUUUGA